UCGCUUACAACGCGGGCACUGCGACCAAACGGACCAAUAUAAUUCCUGUAAAUUGAAGCGGUUUUUAGAGAAUGACCUAACAAAAAAACCCUGUACCCGCCACUGAGGUAUAUAUAAAUACACAUAUGAGCGCAAAAGUUUGUAGCCAUUCGAAGAAGGAAGUUAGAUACAUUUUUACUCCACUAACAAAAUGAGAGAGAUUGUUCAUUUACAAGCAGGGCAGUGCGGCAAUCAAAUUGGCGCAAAGUUCUGGGAGGUGAUUAGUGAUGAGCAUGGCAUUGACCCCACUGGAAGUUACAACGGGGACAGUGAUCUUCAGCUGGAAAGAAUUAAUGUGUACUACAAUGAAGCUUCAGGUGGAAAGUAUGUGCCACGCGCAGUACUUGUGGACUUGGAGCCUGGGACCAUGGACUCUGUGAGGUCUGGACCAUUCGGUCAAAUCUUCAGGCCUGACAACUUUGUCUUCGGUCAGAGUGGCGCAGGUAACAACUGGGCCAAGGGCCACUACACCGAGGGUGCAGAGCUGGUUGACUCUGUCUUGGAUGUGGUGAGGAAAGAGGCUGAGAGCUGUGACUGCCUGCAGGGCUUCCAGCUCACCCACUCCCUGGGAGGUGGAACCGGCUCUGGCAUGGGCACCCUGCUCAUCAGCAAGAUCCGUGAAGAGUACCCCGACCGCAUCAUGAACACUUUCAGCGUGGUGCCCUCCCCUAAAGUGUCAGACACAGUGGUCGAGCCCUACAACGCCACCCUCUCAGUCCACCAGCUGGUAGAGAACACAGACGAGACCUACUGUAUCGACAACGAGGCGCUCUACGACAUCUGCUUCCGUACCCUCAAACUCACCACGCCCACCUACGGAGACCUCAACCACCUGGUGUCUGCCACCAUGAGCGGGGUCACCACCUGUCUCCGCUUCCCCGGCCAGCUCAACGCUGACCUGCGCAAACUGGCAGUCAACAUGGUGCCCUUCCCCCGUCUCCACUUCUUCAUGCCUGGCUUUGCCCCCCUCACCAGCAGGGGCAGCCAGCAGUACAGAGCCCUGACGGUUCCAGAGCUCACUCAGCAGAUGUUUGACUCGAAGAACAUGAUGGCCGCCUGCGACCCUCGUCACGGCCGUUACCUCACCGUGGCUGCAGUCUUCCGCGGGCGCAUGUCCAUGAAAGAGGUGGACGAGCAAAUGCUGAACGUACAGAACAAGAACAGCAGCUACUUUGUUGAAUGGAUCCCCAACAACGUCAAGACUGCAGUCUGUGACAUUCCUCCCCGUGGCCUCAAGAUGGCUGCCACCUUCAUUGGAAACAGUACUGCCAUCCAGGAGCUGUUCAAGCGCAUCUCUGAGCAGUUCACAGCUAUGUUCCGCCGUAAGGCUUUCCUCCAUUGGUACACAGGAGAAGGCAUGGAUGAGAUGGAGUUCACUGAGGCAGAGAGCAACAUGAACGACCUGGUGUCUGAGUACCAGCAGUACCAAGACGCCACUGCAGAGGAGGAGGGCGAGUUUGAAGAGGAGGGUGAAGAGGAGUUGGCUUAAAUUGUCAGUUUUCUUUCCUUGUGAAACGUCUGACUGGUGUUUGUUUUCACUUCAUAUUUCCUGUAUCUGACAACCUUCAGCUGUACCUUUUUUUAUUAAUUUGUUUUGUUUAAUUGUUUACUAGCAAUAAAAGAAAAUGGUUAAA